AUGCUGGCCAACCUGCGCUUCCUGGAAUUACAAAAGUUGCUCCUAAACAGGUUUCAAAUUUUUAAGAAUGAAGAAAUAACUGUGCUCAAGAAGGGCAGCAUGAAGACCAUUUUGUACGAGUGGGCUGAGUUCUUAACCAAGGAGCAGCGAGCGACCAACAUGACCCACAUCCCAGAUGAGGUGUUGCAGAGUAAAAGGGUGGCCGACAUAUUGAGGGACGACGUUGAAUGCAGGUGGUUGGUUGGCCGGAUCAACGUGGGCGCUGUUAGCGGCGUUAGUGGGGUUAGCCCUCCUAGCCCCCUUAGCGGUGCUCACCUCGCGCGCGACGACGCCGCUCUCAGCAAAGUGGACCAACUGCACUUGGACGAGUACCCAGAUUUGUUCCAUUACGAGUACCCGCAGUUCCCGUACGACUAUUAUGACAAAAAGAAAAUGAGCAACUUUUACUCCCUCAUGAAGUUCCCCUACAAUGACAUCCUAAACAUUUCGAAGAGGAUCAAGAGGGAGGUCAGCCCCCCGGGUGGUGAUGCUAAGGAGGGGGAGAUGAGGCAGAUGGAGGAGCCGCGCGGGGGAGCGUUGGAAUCCGCGGGCGUGGACGUAGUUGACGACGACUUCGUGAGCUACUCCAGUAACAGCUAUGUGUAUGCCCCCUCGGAGAUGGAGACGUCCAAGGAGAACUACCACGAGUAG